GGUUUGGGAGCUUAGCCAAUUAGGCUGAUUAGCAGGAUGUUAGGGCACUGGUUGAACGUGCACAGAACAGCAGUUGACUCACAAAGUGGUGGAGGAUCACAUUCUUUUUUUACAAUUUUCUUUGUCACAGUCAUCACUGAACACAGUAAUAUGGUUUUGUUUGAUGGAAAAAGAUGCUACUCAGGUAGCGAGGCCGACUUCAGCUCCUCUAGCAGUUCUGGCAGCUUAAAGAACAGAGAGAGCCUCGCCUCCAUUUCAGCUGGAAAGAGAGCUCCUUCACGCAGUCGCGGCAGCCACAUCAGACCGCUCCCCCUGUUCAAACCAGCCGGGAGCCCUACAGCCAACCGCGAUGCAGAGCUCUACGCUCCCUACAGGACUCCUCCCAGAGCUGGCUCCUCAACCAACAGCAGCAGCUGCAACUCCAGCCCCACCUCCAGAAGAGCCAACCUGGGCCGCUACCACUCGUGCGGGGACAACCAUGGCAUCAGACCCCCGAACCCUGAGCAGUAUCUCACCCCUCUACAGCAGAAGGAAGUGGCCAUCAGACACCUGAAGACCAAACUGAUGGAGUCUGAGAACACAGUCCGUGACAGAGAGACAGAGGUUGAGGAGCUUAAGUCCCAGCUUGGCAGAAUGAGGGAGGACUGGAUUGAAGAAGAGUGUCACCGAGUGGAGGCUCAGCUGUCCCUCAAAGAGGCUCGCAAAGAGAUCAAGCAGCUGCGCCAGGUGGUGGAAACGAUGAAGAGCAGCCUGAUGGAGAAGGAUAAGGGAAUACAGAAGUACUUCAUCGACAUCAACAUCCAAAACAGGAAGUUGGAGUCCCUGCUUCAAAGCAUGGAGCUUUCCCAGAGCGGCGCCAACCUCCAAGACGAAAACACCUUGGACUUCAUCUGCGACAGCCCCAUUGACGAUGGGAAGAAAAUGGUGGAGGAGGAAGAGGGUGGGAUGGAGCUGGGAACCCAGGGGGCGGAGGCCAUGGCGGACAGCGGGCUGCUGGUCAACGAUGAGAUGGCCAACAGAGCAGACAUUUUGGAGCAGAUCUUCAUGUCUACUGCGGUGGAUUUUAGUCAGGACUGUAGUGGCAAGCUGAGUGAGGAGAUGGAGUUGGGGCCUGGGGUGUCUGCGCUGUCAGAAGAGGGACAGUUGAUGGAUGACUCUACGGUCCCCCUACUGGCUCUACCAAACACAGUUUCCACCACCAUCACCACCCCCCCGAGCACACCCUUCCAGCAGAACACGGAAGAUAAAGGAACCCAGACCGAAAUAAAGCCCACGUCUCCAGACUUGCAGACUAUGCUCCUCCAGCUGCUCAAGUACCAUGAGGCAAGGGGGGACACGGCUCUGUCAGUCUCCAGCAGUCUUCUGGGUCUCCCAAACCUGCCCAACUCCCCAUCCACCACUGCCAGUCUCUCUGAAUCAACACCUCCCCAACCAGGCAUGCUUGGUCCUGCUCCCCCAGAGAGCCCAGACAUCUCCGCCGAUUCCGGGCUGUGCUGCUCGGAACCUGCGGAAAGCCGAAGGUUCAUGGAGGAACUGGACUUCAGUGUCGGCGAGGAGGAACGUUGUCUGUCUCCGGGACUAGAUGUGGUCGGCGAGCGUUACUGGAGCAACAGCUUCCUGGUGGAUCUGGUCGCGGUGGCAGCCCCUGUGCUCCCCACGGUGGCCUGGCUGUACUCACGGCACGGUGUGGACGGGAGCGCUCCGGUGUACAACAUCGCAGCUCUCAUCAGGGGCUGUUGCAUCAUGGGAUUGCACUCUCUUCGUCACGUCACUCACAGACCGGAUGCGUAAAGGCUUCCUGCCCGCAUGCACACGCCUAACCUUGAAUUAAAAAGCACUUAAGCAUCUUUUCAAGAGUGUUUGUAAGAUUUGUUGCAUUUCUUUUGAACACUCAAUGGUAUUAAUGCAGUUAUUUGGGUUCCAACACUGUUACUUUGCACUGUACAGUUACCAUGAGUUGAAGCCAAAUGGUCACAUGAAAGGGAUUAUUUAUAAAGAGGGUUAUUUAUGUAUUUAUUUAUCAUUGAUAUGUAAAAACUGAUCAUCUGGGUAGAUGGUUCUGUGUUAUCGUUGUGAGAUGACCCUUGUCUUUGUGUUUUAAAAAAUAAAUUAAAAAAAAGUUUGUUUCUUUAUGUUAGGAUGAGUUUUUUAGGGGGUGAAAGAUUGAAUGUUAGUUUCUAUUUGAUGGGUUUGUAAAGUCAACAGUUGAGUUUUUGUUCAAAAAGAAACCUUCAGCCAAAGCUUUAAUGUGAGUUCACUGCUAUUGUUUUGUGAAGAAAUGUGUACAUAUAUAUUUUUUUUCCUCCCUGGGAGUAGAGCUUUAUUUGGUACAGCCUGUGUAUUGUUCAUAGAAAUAAACUGAUGCUUCAAAGCAACUGACACUUGUUAUGUGCCUGAGCUAUGUGCAAUACUGGUGGUUUACAUCCAAUGUCCUUGUAUCUUUAUUAUUAAAGCAUGAUCAAUUCUGGC